AUGUAUGUUUUAGGCGAGUUUUACUGGAAUUCAACUGUGCGUGAAAAAUUCAAAAAUGCACGGUCAUUGACAGUGUUAAGUGAUCAAGAUGAAAAUGAAUGUAUUGUUGUUGAUAAUGCGUCGUUAUCAACAAUUCUAGUAAAUCUUGAACAAUUGGUUACAUUGUCUCAAUUCACUCAUUUAUCUUAUUAUCAUUCUCAGUUGGAUCUGUUAGAAAUUCUUCUUGAUUGUGGAACAAACAUUGAAUCAUUGAACCUAAAUAGUACACGUUCUUUAAAAAUGCUAAAGGAAAACGAUAGUAGUAAAUCAUAUUCUAAAAUAAAGAAACUAAAAUUGGUUGACGACGAAGUUUUGAUGUUAGACAAUGUGGAUUGUUUAUGUAAAUUAUUUCCAAGUGUAAAAUCACUUAAGGUUUCUUUUGGAAUAAUUGAUCAUGUGUAUGAAAUAUUACCAAUAUUAGUUGAAAAAUUAACGGAUAUCAACUAUUUAGAUAUAUACUUAACAUCAUUUGAACAAUUUGAUUUGGAACCAUGGCUAAUUUUCAUGAAUAAAUUAUUCAAUAAUUUUAUUUUUGAUUACAAUAAGUUUCAUAUAUGGAUAUGGUUUGAUAAAUAG